UUAGACAUUUGUGUGGACACAAGUAGUGAUGUCUUCGUGAGUGUUGUCUUCACAUUCUUCUGGAUGUCAUCGAGUGAUAGCCAAUCGUUGACUUAUGAGUCAAUUGUCGAGUCGUUUGUGUCCACACUAUUGCCCCCAAAGAAGGCAUUCAAAUGCCAUUACAAUGAAUGCCACAAAUGUUUCGCAACUCAAAGCCGAUUGGAUGCACACAAAGGCCGCAGACAUGCCGUACAAGACAUCAUUCUUCGGGAACCGAUUGUUAGCUCAACCGAUGCCAGAGACCAGUCGCCAGACGUUGUGGCGAACACUGUCCGACCGGUGCGGACAACCGAUGCCAUCGUCUCGAUAGACAUCGAUUCUGACUCUGAUCUCGAAGUGAUUGAUGUUUUGCCGACCGAUAAUAGCGGACAACCGGUCGAUACACUCACUGGCCGUUCACUACCGACCACUGGCCGCAUAUCAAAGCCCAAACACACGGAUACGGGUCAGCACUCGUCCACUACUGGCCGCGAAGCAAACCGUCGUAUUGUUAAUAUCUCCGAUACGAGUAGUGAUGAAAACGAUGGACACGAAGACUCGGCCGACAGUCGACCGCCAGCGGUGACCGUCGACGGCGUGCGUCACGACUCGUGUCACGCGUGCGAUAUCGACGGCUGCGGACAAGUGUUCGUAUGGAAGUGCGAUCUCUCUGUCCACCGGACAACUGUCCACCAAAUCGGUGCUCAUCAGCCGUUUCCGCGCGACCGAUGCCGGCAUUGCUUCACAACUGCGGCCGACUUGGAGUCCCACCGGAGGGCACGCCAUGAGACACCUGUCGACCGUCGCCGGCGACUGAUGGCCGCCAUAAAGUCUAAUCGACUAUCGGGUGGUCGAGUGUCCGGUGGGCGGCGAUCGGCCGCUGGCGAGCACUACUUGUGCCGGUUUUGCGACAAAAUAUUUGACACAAAGGCUCAGCGCAAUAGCCAUCGGCUCCGACACCACGUGACGAUUGACGCCGACUAUGGCUGCGAUUGCGGCAAAUGUUUUAAGUCUAUGGACGCUCUCGAGUGUCACCGACAGGCCGUCCACUCCGGGCCGCGACUGACGGACCACUUCUGCGAUAAGUGUGGCAAAGGUUUCCGUACUUUGGAUGCUAUGAAUCAACACAAACGCCAUAAACAGCACUGA